AUGCCAAAAAUGUGGAGUCAUCCCGAAGACAGUGUUCCUACUGGAAGGAAAUUUUCCGUCAGGACGUUGCCCGUCCUGAAGCCUGAAGAGAAGGUGGAGGCACGCUUCGAAGUUAAGCCCCCAGAAAGGUCAGAGUUAUCACAGGUGCCUCCUCUGACACCGAGGCCUCCUGAGAUGUCUCUGGGAAAGCCUGAUGAACAAGGCAGAGGGAGCCAUCCCAAAGACAGUCUUCGUAAGGGAAGAAAGUUUUCUGUCAGAACGUUACCCGUCCAGAAGCCUGAAGAGAAGGUGGAGGCACGCUUCGAAGUUAAACCCUCAGAAAGGUCAGAGUUAUCACAGGUGCCUCCUCUGACACCAAGGCCGUCUGAGAUGUCUGCAGGAAAGCCUGAUGAACAAGGCAGAGGGAGUCAUCCCGAGAAGAGUGUUCUUACUGGAAGAAAGCAUUCCAUCGGGACGUUACCCUUCCAGAAGCCUAAAGAGAAGGUGGAGGCACGCUUUGAAGUUAAGACCCCUGAAAGGUCAGAGUUAUCACAGCUGCCUCCUCUGACACCAAGGCCUCCUGAGAUGUCUCCGGGAAAGCCUGAUGAACAAGGCAGAGGGAGCCAUCCCAAAGACAGUCUUCGUAAGGGAAGAAAGUUUUCCAUCAGGACGUUACCCGUCCAGAAGCCUGAAGAGAAGGUGGAGGCACGCUUCGAAGUUAAACCCCCAGAAAGGUCAGAGUUAUCACAGGUGCCUCCUCUGACACCGAGGCCUCCUGCGAUGUCUCCGGGAAAGCCUGAUGAACAAGGCAGAGGGAGUCAUCCCGAGAAAAGUCUUCGUACUGGAAGCAAGCAUUCCAUCAGGUCGUUACGCACCCAGAAGCCUAAAGAGAAGGUGGAGGCACGCUUUGAAGUUAAGGCCCCUGAAAGGUCAGAGUUAUCACAGGUGCCUCCUCUGACACCGAGGCCUCCUGCGAUGUCGCCGGGAAAGCCUGAUGAACAAGGCAGAGGGAGUCAUCCCGAGAAAAGUCUUCGUACUGGAAGCAAGCAUUCCAUCAGGUCGUUACGCACCCAGAAGCCUAAAGAGAAGGUGGAGGCACGCUUUGAAGUUAAGGCCCCUGAAAGGUCAGAGUUAUCACAGCUGCCUCCUCUGACACCGAGGCCUCCUGAGAUGUCUGCAGGAAAGCCUGAUGAACAAGGCAGAGGGAGUCGUCCCGAGAAAAGUCUUCGUACUGGAAGCAAGCAUUCCAUCAGGUCGUUACGCACCCAGAAGCCUAAAGAGAAGGUGGAGGCACGCUUUGAAGUUAAGGCCCCUGAAAGGUCAGAGUUAUCACAGGUGCCUCCUCUGACACCGAGGCCUCCUGCGAUGUCUCCGGGAAAGCCUGAUGAACAAGGCAGAGGGAGUCAUCCCGAGAAAAGUCUUCGUACUGGAAGCAAGCAUUCCAUCAGGUCGUUACGCACCCAGAAGCCUAAAGAGAAGGUGGAGGCACGCUUUGAAGUUAAGGCCCCUGAAAGGUCAGAGUUAUCACAGGUGCCUCCUCUGACACCGAGGCCUCCUGCGAUGUCGCCGGGAAAGCCUGAUGAACAAGGCAGAGGGAGUCAUCCCGAGAAGAGUGUUCUUACUGGAAGAAAGCAUUCCAUCAGGACGUUACCCUUCCAGAAGCCUAAAGAGAAGGUGGAGGCACGCUUUGAAGUUAAGGCCCCUGAAAGGUCAGAGUUAUCACAGGUGCCUCCUCUGACACCGAGGCCUCCUGCGAUGUCUCCGGGAAAGCCUGAUGAACAAGGCAGAGGGAGUCAUCCCGAGAAAAGUGAGAAAAAGGGAGAAAGAAGACAAAGUAAUGCAUGCGUCCUGACAGAGGCUUGCCAGUUUCUGCUACGUCCAUUAGAGCAUGGAAAGAAAGCCGUUCUCAAAGGGAGUCAUCCCGAGAAGAGUGUUCGUAAUGGAAGAAAGCAUUCCGUCAGGACGUUACGCACCCAGAAACCUGAAGAGAAGGUGGAGGCACGCUUUGAAGUUAAGACCCCUGAAAGGUCAGAGUUAUCACAGGUGCCUCCUCUGACACCGAGGCCUCCUGCGAUGUCUCCGGGAAAGCCUGAUGAACAAGGCAGAGGGAGUCAUCCUGAGAAGAUUCUCCAUCCUGGAAGGAAGUUUUCUUCCAGGACUUCACGUGACAGGAGGGCAGAAGAGGAGAAGGGCGUGUCAGGUCUGACAGGGAAGCCCCCAGAAAGGUCAGAGUUAUUGUGGAUGCCCCAUCUGACUCCAAGGCCUCCCAAGAUGCCUCCAGGAAAGCCUGAUGAACAAGGCAGAGGGAGUCAUCCUGAGAAGAGUCUCCAUCCUGGAAGGAAGUUUUCUUCCAGGACUUCACGUGACAGGAGGGCAGAAGAGGAGAAGGGCGUGUCAGGUCUGACAGGGAAGCCCCCAGAAAGGUCAGAGUUAUUGUGGAUGCCCCAUCUGACUCCAAGGCCUCCCAAGAUGCCUCCAGGAAAGCCUGAUGAACAUGGCAGAGGGUGUCUUUCUGAGAAAAUCUUCGUUAAUCAAGGGAGGUUUUGGCCCAAGAUAUCUAAUCAAUUUGAAAUGGACUUGUGGAAGGGUGUAUAUAAGCCAGCAGACAGUGUGGCACUGCAAAUUGUGGGGAAGUCCCUGCUGAAGGGCAGGACCCCAAGUCAACCACCGCCGCCAGGAGGAGCGCAUGCACAAGGGAAGUCCACCUGCGCCCAAAGCCGACCGCGCCUCAGACACUCCUCUAUUGACACGUGUGGCCUGCCAGGUGGAGUUUGUCAUAGCUCCCCAGGACUGAGGUGGAGCAAAGGCAGGUCUCAAGGAGGAAGCAGGUGUAUGUGCCUGUGAAGAUCUCUGUGCAGCUCCACACUGCCCUGCUAGCCAUCCAGCAGGUUGGGAAGAGCAGAAGGAAGGGCUGGAAGCUAGAGCACCUGUGGUUCCUUGGAUGCAUCUCUUCGAGCAGAGGUGGUGUUGUGCCCUCCUGCACUGCCUUCUUCUCCCCAGCCAGCAGCAGGGGACAGGAUGCACCUCCUGAACUGUGUGAGAAGGUGCCAGGAGCUGCUUCUGCCUGGAGGAGUCAAGAGUCCCAUCAGCCUCUGCAGAACUGAAGAAAAUGUGGCACAUCAGAGCCCAGGCAGGACUCCUCUAAGUGGUAGCAACCAGCCUGUACUUGAAAUGGAUCUGCUGGAAAUAAAAAUGAUACUGCAAACCUCAGGCGGAGUGGACAGCCAGAGUCUGGAUGUGGUGGUGGGAUAGGAUAACCUGGGCAGAGGUUCCUGAAGCCAUUUCUGAGGCCUUUGAGUACUAUGAUUUCUGUGAGGGCAGUGAGAGAAGACACAGUCAUUGCGUUCGGUCCCCCAUAACGGCAGUGGGACAAGGAGCCAGCAGAGGCUGUCCCUGGCAGCAGGGGGCAGAGCCUGGGAUGGCGAAAAUGCACUGCCUUGCAGAGUGCCAGCCAGCUAUGUCCCCCUCCCUUCUCUGCAUCACUGACAGGAUAAGGGGUCCUCGUGUCCAGCUUGGAUACCGGCAUCCAAAGUGACAGGCCCCGAUCAACAGGGCUGAAACAAAAUCAGUGCCCCAUGGAUGAUCCGUAUCACGUUCCUCUGCGCACUGUAUAACUGUAACUUCUUGCAUUGCUGUGAUCAGCAGAAUUGUGCUGUGCUGCUGUGACUGUACCUUCUCCAGCACACACAGGAUGUGUGUGCACCGCCGGGGGGUGAUGGGCACGGUGAGACCCCUCUCUGCCUCUCGGGAGCUGCUGUGCCCUUCGGAGGGGCUGUGGCUGUGGUUGAUGGCCAGAGCUUUGCAGCCCCAUUUGAUGGGCAGUGCCAUGGGGCCAGCCCAGACUGGGCUGCUUGAUUGCUCUGGGCUGUUGGAGAGGACAGGAGGUGGGGAGAGGCUGGGCUGGAAAGAGCCCAGGAGAGGAAAACACCAGUGUGGAGCUGAGCUGUGAGCGUGCAGGGUGAGGGCACCCGGCAGGUGCUCACGGUGCAGAGCCAGGUGUGAUGGUGAAGGAAGGAAGGACCAACGGGGCGAAAGAGAUGGACCCGGUCUGUGCUAUGUUCCCUGGAGACUGUGAGAAAGCUGCCCCAGGGAGAUCGUCCCAGAUGAGUCCCACACCCCAGCCAUUUCCAUAUCUGGCUGAACAUCCCAAACCUGAAGAGGGACUUUUACUGCAUGGUCACCUCUGUCCUCCUCCUUUGCUCACUGAUACCCAACUCCACCACCAUUAUCAAUAAAAAGGGAACCCGUUUCCUACUGAUGUUUCCUGCGCACCAGUCCCACAGCUCUUGCCACUGCUGGUCUCCUGGCCAAGCCCUUUCUCACAGAGCUCCGAACACAUCAGAGGCUCAUGGUCUUGGCUCAUCAAACACUGAGAAAGUCCAUAGAUUGGCCCCUCAGACACCCAAUCACAGAAACAUUAAGGCUGGAAAAGCCUCUGGGUUUCCCCAACCCAGCCCCGUGCACGGAACAUCCCAAAGUGUCAACUACGCUCGGUCUGGAACCCCCAGGGGUGGAGAAUCCCCCACUGCCCUGGAGCCUCUGCCAGGGCUUCACUGCUCUCACACAAAGGCAUUUUCCCUCAUGUCCAACCCAAACCUCCCGUGGUGCAGCUCAAGGCCGUUUCCUCUCGUCCAUUGACACCGAAAAUGCCACAAAUCCGGGUCUGAGACUUGUGUUGGAGAUUUAGAAAGCGAGCAUACUUGGCCAGGGCUGGGCACAACAGGUGAUCUCCAGUGAUCUCCAUCAAUCACGGGCAGCGAGGCAAAGGCUGGGACAGAAUCUAUUUCCCACUUCCAUGCCUAUGGAUCAAUUGUCCCAGAAAUCUUAUGCCUGUUCUGUUACUUUCCAAGGUCUGAUUUUAAUGUUGUCAUGAACUUCACAACACAAUUUCUGCUAUGUCCAUCAGAACAGGGAGAGAAAGCCUUUCUCGGAGGUGAUGUGUGGGUCAGAAAAAUGCCCACCCUGUGGCUGCGUUUGCCCCAAAUAUUCAGUCUGCAGAGGUUCCCUGAGGCAGAAGAGCCUUCAACAGUGCAACACAACUGAUGGGGGUUGCCCUGCUGAAGAGCACAACCCCAGCGUGCGCUGGUCCCCAGUGUGUCUAUUUUUGGAAAAUCGUUGAAGAGGAGACACCUAUGAGAAGCCAAUCUGAUACUGAUUUGUAAAGAAGAAAUACAGGUAGUUAGGAUCAGUUAAAUCCAAGUUUUAUUCCAUUAAGUAAUGGAACACAUAUAAAGAAAUUAUAACUCUCUUGUGAAUAGCAGGAUUGCAAACAGAAUACGUUUAUAACGAAUGUGAGUUAAACCUCAGGGAACUUGGGAAGGUUGAUUUUUUCUUUUCACAAAGUUACUCAAUAAAAUGAUAAAAUCAAUGUGAUGUGAUGUGUAAAGCUUGAAAACAGUCCUGAGGAGCAUUUCAGAACAGGUGAAAAAUUUUUGCGAUACUUUAAGCUAACUACUGCAUUUGCUGUAGGGAAACAACCCUCAGUUACUGGCAGAGUAGAUUACAUGACUCAAUUGCAGAUGUUCUAUGAAAGAAAAGGUUAUGUAUUAAGGAAUUAACUGAACUUCCUUUGCAAUCAAUGGGAAAACUCCAGAUGGACAGACUCAAAUAAUCAUUUCUCGGUCUUCUGGCGAAACACUCUUCAAGUAAUAUAUACUCCAUUUUAAAAUAGAUUUGAAAAUUUGAGAAUUGUGUUUUCAUUUCAAUUAAAAAGUAAAAAUAGCUGCAAUAGUUUUUAUUGGUAUGCAUUGUGUUGUGUCCAAACACUGGGAAUGAGAUUUCAGGGGCAGCAUUAAGAGGAACUUCCAAAAACUGACUUCAAGUAAUUUGCUCCUAUGCGAGUAAGAACCAAUUAAAGAGGAUUAACUGUUCUUUCUCCAGUUCAUAGCCACAAUCUAUUCCUUCCCUCAAUAAGUAGUUAGUUAACCCAGCCUUCAUCAGAAAAACAGAAAGCAAUAUUCUUCCAGAGUUAAGGAAUGGAACAGGUCACAUUAGCUAGAGCAUAACCAUGCUGAGAAUAAUCCAUACUUCAGUGAAGUCACUGGAACACUUUCCAAUAACACUGGAUUCUAUAUAAAAUCUAUAUAAAAUCUAAAAACGCUAAACCCAAGCCUUGACUAAAAUAAAAGAAGAUCUUUCUUUAUAAAUGCAUGUAGCCAGAAUAAAAAUCUCCUGUUUAAAUUUUAACAUCACGUGUAUAAAAGGACAGCUGGCGUCUUGAGGUUGGGCACACAAGCACAUUUUCAACUUCAACAUAUAUCUGCAAAUUUCUGUCGACUUUCCCUUAUUGGUGACACGGUUGAGUAUUUUGGACCCAGAAAACUAUAGGUCUGUUCAUUUAUUUGUCAUCCGUAAAAUAUACUAUAAUAUUAACAUAACUGAUACUCCGAUUAACUCAUAUUCAGGAUUUCAGCAAUGUCAUCACUAGAUCCGUAGUUCUUCCUGAGAAUCUUAGAGACUUCCUCUUGUCAAGAGGCUCAGAAUUUGCAGAUAAUAAAUUGUAAAUCCUAUGGAGGAAGGAAUUGUCUUACUCUUAUCUGUCUGUA